AAAAAAGAAGUUUCAUUCAUUUAUGUACAAUAGUCAAUAUGUAGGUUUAAUACAAAACAAAAUUGUCAAACACACGUCAAAACAUGUCACUACCAAGCUUUAGAGUUUUAACCAAAAAUUUUCACAUAAAUAUACUCAAUAAGUGAUUGAAAAGAACAUACAGAAACACUGUUACAAUUACUCCUUUAAAAAUGAAACAAAAAGCUAUAGCAUUCGUUACUAGCAACGCUAUCAAGGUAGAAGAGGUACGAGCCAUAUUAGGGAACAAUUCACAAUUAGAAAUUAUAAAUCACAAGCUAGAUUUGCCAGAACUGCAAGGGGAUAUGGAAGAGAUUUGUGUAAAGAAGUGUCAAGAAGCAGCCAGUCUUCUAAAGGUCCCUGUUAUGGUAGAAGAUACCUCUCUCUGCUACAACGCCCUGAAAGGUCUUCCUGGCCCUUACAUCAAGUGGUUCAUAUAUAAGAUAGGGCCAGAAGGGCUGUAUAACUUGCUAAAGGGCUGGGAUGAUAAAUCCGCGAAGGCUAUUAGCACUUUUGGCUAUUGUUCCGAUUGUGACUUAGGUGUGAGGAUUUUCCAAGGUGUGGUUAACGGACAAAUCGUCCCACCAAGAGGACCCAGCGAUGGUUUCGAUAGCAUCUUCCAACCUGAUGGCUGCUCUAAAACGUACAGUGAAUUAACAAAGGCAGAGAAAUAUAAAAUAUCCCAUAGAUCGAUGGCUCUAAGGAAAUUUAACGAAUAUUUUUGUAGAAAAAAUGUUUAAUUAAUAGUAAAAUGUACGUUUUAUAUAAAGAUUGAAUGAUGUGUAAGUAAUCUUUGGUGAUUAAAAGCUCAAACAUAAA